AUAACAGGCGGAGUCAAGAUUACACCCUCCCAUUCUGCCUCUGUGUAUGGUUCCCCAUGUCAACUGACAGGGGGUUUCCCUCUGUACAAUAUUUUUCUCCCCCAGGCUCUCUACGCUGUUGCAUCAGAUUGGAUUCUCAUUUUAAAACAAUGGAUAACAGUCCUCUGCAGGUGUUGACUGUCCCCACAGCUCCCUACCCCGACCAGAGACCCGGUACUAGCGGCCUGAAGAAAAAGGUCUAUGUAUUCCAGUCUAGGAGGAACUACCUGCACAACUUUAUCCAGAGUAUCUUCUCCUCUAUUGACUUACGUGACCGCCAGGGAUCAACAAUGGUGGUGGGGGGAGAUGGCCGCUUUUUUAACCGAACAGCUAUUGAGGUCAUUGUGCAGAUGGCAGCUGCCAACGGGGUGGGUCGUAUGAUCAUUGGACACCACGGGAUAAUGUCCACACCAGCCAUCUCCUGUGUAAUCAGAAAAUACAAAGCCAUCGGUGGCAUCAUCCUCACUGCCAGCCGCAACCCUGGUGGACCUGAUGGAGACUUUGGCAUUAAGUUCAACACUGCAAAUGGAGGCCCAGCCCAGGAGGCUGUCACAAACAAGAUUUUUCAGAUCAGCAGGACCAUUGAGGAGUUUGCCAUCUGCCCUGGAAUGCAAGUGGAUCUGACAACCCUGGGCAAACAGAUGUUUGAUCUGGAAAACAAGUUCAAACCCUUCACAGUGGAAAUUGUAGAUUGUGUGGAAUCCUAUGCUAACUUGUUGAGGAACAUAUUUGACUUUGCUGCUCUGAAGGAAAUUCUAUCUGGUGAAAACCACAUCAAGAUAAGACUAGAUGCCAUGCAUGGAGUGGUAGGACCGUAUGUGAGGAGAAUCCUCUGUGAGGAGCUGGGCUGCCCUGCUAAUUCUGCUGUCAACUGUGUCCCAUUGGAGGACUUUGGGGGUCAACACCCAGACCCUAACCUCACCUAUGCUGCAGAUCUGGUUGACAGCAUGAAAGAAGGACAGUAUGAUUUUGGUGCAGCAUUCGAUGGUGAUGGGGACCGUAACAUGAUCCUUGGUAAACACGGCUUCUUCGUCGCCCCACCUGACUCUUUGGCUGUGAUUGCUGACAACAUCUUCUGCAUCCCAUACUUCCAGCAUACAGGGGUGAGAGGCUUCGCACGCAGCAUGCCCACAAGCGCAGCCUUAGACAGAGUAGCCAAGGCAACAAAAAUAGAGUUAUAUGAAACUCCCACUGGCUGGAGGUUCUUUGGGAACCUGAUGGAUGCAGGCAGACUGUCUUUGUGUGGAGAGGAAAGCUUUGGUACAGGUGGAGACCAUAUUCGUGAGAAGGAUGGGUUGUGGGCCGUGCUGGCAUGGCUGUCCAUCCUGGCCACUAAAAGGCAGAGUGUGGAGGAUAUUCUAAAGGACCACUGGCUAAAAUAUGGAAGAAACUACUUCACCAGAUAUGACUAUGAGAACAUAGACAUAGAUGUAGCCUGUGAGAUGAUGGAGGAUUUGGAAAUUUUUAUUUCUGGAAAGUCCUUCGUGAAGCAGAGAUUUGCUGUGGAGGACAAGAUCUACCAAGUGGAAAAAGCAGACAACUUUGAGUACACAGACCCGGUCGACAGCACAAUCUCCAGGAACCAGGGUUUGCGGAUAAUCUUCUCUGAUGGUUCUCGAAUCAUCUACAGACUCAGUGGAACAGGUAGUGAUGGGGCGACAGUUCGAAUCUACAUAGACAGCUAUGAGAAGGAGCAAAUCUUUGAAGACACGCAGGUGAUGCUGGCACCCCUGGCAACCAUUGCUCUGAAAAUUUCCCAGCUCCAUCACAGGACAGGUCGAAGUGGCCCAUCAGUCAUCACAUGAUUCCUCCCACAUGUUGCUCCCUCAUUGCUUAAUAAACAUGUAUGAGAGACUCAUCCAGCUCUGGCGGCGACAUGAUAUCCAUCUGGAUGGCAGCAGCAUCAGUCCGCUAACAUCUGGUCCAGCUCUGUGAUCACACAUGCCCUUUGAAGUGCUCUACCUUUCUCCUGGUUUCAUCUGCAUAUUACACUGAUGCCCAACAAGAGGGACACACAUUGAGUUUACCUCUGGUUCCUUUGAGUUCAUCUUAUUGUGGGUUCUAGUUGCACUAAUGUUGUCCACUCUUAUCCCAACAAAGUCUCUUAGUGGCGGAGGUUUGAGGCUGACGGACCGGGGUGGUGGGGUAGCCCAGUGCUGUUGACAUGGUCAAAACAAUUUUACUAAAAGUAAACCUUAUGACGUUACUGUGUAGUUUAGCAACCAAGCAUUUGCUUAAGCGGCGUAGCACAUUG